GCAUCAGCAGCCAGAAUAAUGUGGCCCUUCAUCUUGCUGGGUGUGGGUGGCGGUGCCCUGCUUGCUCGGCAGGGCCUGCGAGCCCUCCGCGCAGCAAACAUCAACUUCAAGCCUCCGAACAUGAGCAUGAAGGGCUUCGGACUCGACGGCAUGACCGGGAAGAUGCAGGGAUUCGAGAGCCCUAUGUCCUCCUCAGAGGCCUACAAAAUACUCAACCUGCCGUAAGCAACAGCACUGUCUGCACAGAUCAGCGAUGAAAGACAGAUCACGAGGAGUAUGUGUGUUUGUUGAUGCUUUCAGUCCCAUGGCCACCACAGAGAAGAUCCGCGAAGCACAUCGGCAGCUCAUGCUCAGGAACCAUCCUGACAAUGGCGGUACGGGCCACGAACACAAAGAUCACACGGCCUUCAGUGAUGUGUGCUGCUGCUGCGCUAUCAGGUUCUAAUUUCGUGGCUUCAAAGGUGAAUGAGGCGAAGGACGUCCUUAUCGGCAACAAGUCGGCAUGAUGAUGCAAUUGCCACUUGCUCUCUCGAGGCGUUCGUCCUUCAGUGGCUUGCCUGGGACGGUGUUCGCGAUGAUUGGCUUGAAUCAACACGAACGAGGCCCAAGCACGCCGGAGGAAGAGAACAACAAAGAGGAAUGGCAACCACAUUAUGUGUGGAUGAUGCAACGACUGGGCGACCGCGGGUUUGUGG